AUGGCACAAGAGAUUAUGAAAACCCAAGAUCUCAACUUUUGUGAUAGGCCAAAACUUCUCUUUGCAAGAGUCAUGAAUUACAAUCGCAGAAGCAUUGUCUUUGGCCCCUAUGGAGAGUAUUGGAGGCAUGUACGAAAGAUAUGCACCGUGGAGUUAUUAACAGCAAAGCGUGUUCAAUCUUUUAGGCGCAUAAGAGAAGCAGAGGUUUCAGAGUUGGUCAAAGCAAUAUCUCAAAGUCAAGGCUCCAUUUUUAAUAUCUCUCAGAAGAUUUUAUCAAUGACCUAUGGAAUCACGGCUAGAAUAGCAUUUGGUAAAAAAUAUAGUUACCAGGAAGUUUUUAUAUCAUCUUUUGAAGAAGCAUUGCAAAUAGCAGGAAAAAUUUGUAUUGCUGAUCUGUAUCCUUCAAUUAGAGUACUGCUUGAAAUGAUGAGUAGAGACAAGACUAAGAUUGAAGAACUGCACAGAAAAUCUGAUAAGGUAUUGCAAGAUAUCAUAGAUGAUCAUAGAAAUAGAAAAGGUGACAAAUGUAAAGAAGAAAAAGGCAGUGAAGAUUUAGUUGAUGUUCUUCUCAAAUUUCAACAAAAAGAUUCUGAAUAUCCUUUGACUGAUGACAAUAUCAAGGCAAUCAUCCAGUCAACAAACACUACAACAAAAAUUGCAAGCGACGGUGGUUCUCGGAGCAAGUGGCGACAAUUUGAAAAUACCGCUACGCAUAACGCAUGGUUUAAAAAUACAAAGUUCUUGCAACGGUUUGUAACUGCCGCCAAAAAACAAUUCAAUUGGACUUAA